AUGAAAGAAACAAGGAAGACGAAAAGGAAAAACAAAAGAGAAAGAGAAGAACGAAAGAGAAUAGAAAGAAUGAAAAAGAAUUGGAAAAACAAAAGAUAAAGGAAAAACAAAAGAAAAAAGAAAAAACAAAUGAAAGAGGGAAGAACGAAAGAAAAGAAGAUGAAAAAAAGAAAAUACAAAAAAAAGGGGAAGACAAAAAAAACAAAAAAAGAAAAGACGAAAGAAAAAAAGAAUACAAGAAAAAAAGA